UGACUUUCUGGCUUCACCGCCGCCGCCAAAGCCGCUCUCGAUUCUCCCGCACCCCUCCGUUCAAGAAGGGAUAAACACUGAGAGUUUAAGUCAAGCCGGGGAGCGUUGCAGUUUCAGCGUCAGCAGAGAUUUUUAUUUUAUUUUUACUUCCCACCACCUACCCCCACCUUACUCACGCGACUAAUUUGUUGCCGUUGGACCAAACGGGAUUGAACUUGAAACGAACCCGCAGACAUUUUAUUUCUGAGAUUUCUUCCUCACUUUUUCAUCAGCGUGCUGGCAGCUGACUUGCAGGGAGCGAGCUGAAACCUGCGAGGGGCCAACAGCACGGGGCGAAAAACAGAUAGCGCUAUCCUCCGCUCCGCUCCCGGGCUGCAUCCGAGCGUUACUGCAUGCACGGCGUCGUUAAUUUACCUUCGCUGAGCUCGCGACGCUGCCGCUCGUGUGUUAAGGCGGAAAGCUCCCAACAGCGAUGAAUCAUUUUGACUGACAGCUUUUGAAGAAUUAGCUAGCUUUAGCCAGUGAGAAACCAGCACUGAUGGUGCUUUCCUGCUCACGUUCGCAGUAAAUACGGGGUCGGGACAACGCGUAUAGCACACCGACUCUUUUACCUCUCUAACGGCCGCAAAGUGCAUCACUUAUAAUCAGCGUAAUUUCUUUCUUUUCUUUUUUUUUUUCUUUUCUUUCUUUUUGUAUAAGGGGGUGGUGGGGGGGAGUCCCCUAGCUGCUGUUAGCUAGUCUUCCUGCUAACGCUGGACAGUUCCUGUGUAAGGCUGGGCUAGCUUUGGACAAAAGAAAGAGCAACGCAAGGGGAAAUAUAAACACCGUGUUUGGAAAGGAGAAGCAACAAACAAGGAACUGACAUGAUGUUUCCACAAUCAAGGCACUCAGCCUCAUCGCAGCAGCUGAAAUUCACGACUUCUGACUCCUGUGACAGAAUCAAGGAUGAGUUCCAGUUUCUUCAAGCACAGUACCACAGUUUGAAGCUUGAGUGUGACAAGUUGGCCAGUGAGAAGUCAGAGAUGCAGCGCCAUUAUAUCAUGUACUACGAGAUGUCCUACGGGCUCAACAUUGAGAUGCACAAACAGGCUGAGAUAGUCAAGAGAUUGAAUGGGAUCUGCGCACAGGUCCUCCCCUACCUGUCUCAGGAGCACCAGCAGCAGGUCCUGGCAGCCAUAGAGAGGGCCAAACAGGUCACCCCUCCAGAGAUGAACUCCAUCAUAAGGCAGCAGCUCCAGGCUCACCAGCUGUCUCAGCUUCAGGGCCUGGCCCUGCCCAUGACCCCCCUACCGCUGGGUCUGAGCCAGCCAACCCUCCCCACCGUCACCACCUCCUCUGGUCUCUUCUCCCUCUCUUCCCUGUUGGCCUCCCAAGCCCAGCUGGCCAAGGAGGAGAAAGCAUCACGGGAUGGAGUCGACAGCCACCGCGAGGAGGAUGGAGACAAGUCUGAUUAGAUGGUGUCCCUAUUCAGCUCUGUUUUUAUCCAGAGACCUGAAUCCCACUUGGCCUACAGCCUUUUCCCCUGGUCUCCGUCUCUUUGAACCUACCUAUCAUGGGCUUCAAUUUCAUCUCUUCAGACCCCUAGCCAAUCCCAUCAUUGGGACAUCUUUGGCACAUACCACCUUCUCUCUUGGUAUUCACUGUACUUGGGUUGUUUUUUUUUUUAACCAUGAGAUUGUCUCUCUGUUAUAGAUCUUGUAUCUUCUCUUCAAACGCUCUUUU